AUGGCGCCCAAGGCGAUCGCGGGUGAGAAGCGGGCGAGCGCCAAGAAGGCGACCAAGCAACCCGUGCGCCUGUACGCCAAGGGCGUGAUCUUGGGCUACAAGAGGAGCAAGUCCAACGUGUACCCCAACACCACGCUCGUGAAGAUCGACGGGGUCCGCACGAGGGACGACACCACCUACUACCUCGGCAAGCGCAUCGCCUACGUCUACAAGGCGAAGAAGGAGGUCAAGAACUCGAAGUACCGCGUGAUGUGGGGCAAGGUGCGCCGCCCUCACGGCAACUCCGGCGUGUGCCGGGCCAAGUUCAAGAAGGCGGUGCCCCCCCGCGCCUUCGGGGCCCCCGUCCGCGUCAUGAUGUACCCGAGCAGCGUCUGA